AAAUCGAGAGAUACACUCUCAGCCAUGGCAAUAGGUCUGUCAGACCUUUCAUAUCUUUUAUUUCACCAAACAUUCUCCUGUUUUGAAACUAGCCUCAGUCAAACAAAUACUGAAUUUAACAACAUCACCUCUUCCUUCUUGAAUGUAAGAGAACGAUUGGGCAGUAACGAUAUCACUAGAUGAAGUACAAAAUAGAAUCUUUGAAAGACGCUUACAGACUAAAUUUUUGCUUAGAACUUUAAAUUCUUUCGGGGAU